CUUUUAAUUUUGACAGCCAUCCGAAAUUGAGAGUGGCGCUCUCUCGCGAAAAAAUACGAAAACUAAUCGUAAUGGUGGUGAACCAGUAAACUAUUGACUGAGCGGAAUUAUUUUUAUUUGUUUUCUAGAUAAUCUAGUUUAGAAUUUCAUUGUUUAAGUGUAGUGGCUGCGGCCAUAUCAUGCUUGCUUAUGUCGGGAUUAGCUGAAACUCCUAUUUCUGCCAAAGAAGGCGGUAAUCUGUAUAAAAAACGAUCACUGCCUGUCAGCGAAUCGUGUAGCAAAAGAGUGAAAAUCAACGAAAUGAGCGCAGAGGAGAAAAUAUCAAAUUUUUCGCUAGUGAAUCCAAAUUCUAACGGGAUAAAGAUGUCAUCAACAUCAAUGAACAAGCCUGGCGUUACUGCAAAAAAGCUGAUAAUUAAGAAUUUCAAAAGUAAACCGAACCUUCCAGACAAUUAUCAGGAAACGACAUGGAGCAAGCUGCGGGAAGCUGUUGUCGCCAUUCAGACCUCAAAAUCGAUAGCCUAUUCCUUAGAAGAAUUAUAUCAAGCCGUCGAAAACAUGUGUAGUCAUAAGAUGGCUUCACAGCUUUAUGUUAACUUAACAAACUUGGUGGAAGCUCAUGUGAAAGCCAACAUCGAGCAGUUCUUGUCCGAGAGCAUGGACAGACAGGUCUUUCUAAAGAGGAUGGACGACUGCUGGCGAGCUCACUGCCGACAAAUGAUUAUGAUUAGAAGCAUUUUUUUAUAUUUAGACCGAACCUAUGUCCUUCAAAACCCUAGUAUACAUUCAAUUUGGGACAUGGGCCUAGACCUGUUUCGUCACCAUAUAGCAAUGAAUACACUUGUCCAGACUCGUACAGUAGAUGGCCUCUUAUUACUUAUUGAACGUGAGCGAGGAGGUGAUUCAGUAGAUAUAUCUUUGCUGAAGAGUCUUCUACGUAUGCUCUCUGAUCUACAAAUAUAUCAGGAAGCAUUUGAGCAUAAAUUCCUUCAAGCAACUGAAAGGCUGUACGCUGCAGAAGGACAACGUUUGAUGAGGGAACUGGCAGUUCCUGAAUACCUUGCCCACGUAGAGAAAAGACUUAAAGAGGAGAAUGAUCGCCUUUUACAUUAUCUGGACCCAUCAACCAAAUGGCAACUGGUGGUGGUAGUAGAGAGACAGUUGCUGGGUGAACACGUGGCCGGGAUACUCGGUAAGGGCCUGGCUGCAUUGUUGGACGCACCACGACUGCAUGACCUGGCCACACUCUACACACUGUUCUCCAGGGUUAAGGAUGGCCUGGCUGAACUUUGUCAUCAUUUCAAUGGUUACAUCAAGAAAAAAGGAAGAACGAUAGUAAUAGAGCCAGAGCGAGACAAGACAAUGGUAACCGAGCUACUCGACUUCAAAGAACAACUGGACCAUGUAGUCAACACUUGCUUCCAGAGAAAUGACAAAUUCAUAUACUCUAUGAGAGAAGCCUUUGAAUUCUUUAUUAAUCAGAGGCAGAACAAACCUGCUGAAUUAAUUGCCAAAUUUGUGGAUCUAAAAUUGAGGGCCGGUAAUAAAGAAGCAACUGAAGAAGAAUUAGAACGUCUGCUAGACAAGAUAAUGGUUUUGUUCCGUUUCAUACACGGCAAGGAUGUUUUUGAAGCUUUCUAUAAAAAGGAUCUAGCAAAGAGAUUGCUAGUAGGUAAAUCUGCAUCGGUGGACGCUGAGAAGUCGAUGCUUAGUAAACUGAAGCAAGAGUGCGGAGGUGGCUUCACCUGUAAACUAGAAGGAAUGUUCAAAGAUAUGGAGCUAUCUAAAGAUAUCAAUAUUACAUAUAAGCAGCACCUGUCAGCUAGUACGGAGACGAGCGGUCCUGGCGGCGUGGAGCUGUCCGUUCACAUCCUGACGAUGGGCUUCUGGCCGACGUACCGCGCCUGCGAGGUGCGGCUGCCCACGGAGCUGACGCGGCAGCAGGAACACUUCACCAAGUUUUACCUCGCGAAGCACUCGGGUCGGAAACUGCACUGGCAACCCACGCUCGGACACUGCGUGCUCAGAGCUAACUUCGCACAGGGUAACAAAGAGCUACAGGUUUCGUUAUUCCAAGCUCUGGUCCUGUUAUUGUUCAACGAUGGAGACAAUCUCUCUUUUGAAGACAUUAAGGUUUCCACCAAUAUAGAGGAGGGAGAGCUCCGCCGCACGCUGCAGUCCCUGGCGUGCGGCAAGGCGCGCGUGCUGAGCAAGGCGCCGCGCGGUCGGGACGUGCAGGACCUCGACCACUUCUCCUUCAAUGCGGACUUCACCAACAAGCUGUUCCGGAUCAAAAUCAACCAGAUACAGAUGAAGGAGACGAGCGAGGAGCAGAAGGCGACGGAAGAGCGCGUGUUCCAAGACAGGCAGUACCAGAUCGACGCGGCCAUCGUCCGGGUCAUGAAGAUGAGGAAAGCGCUCUCGCACAACCUCCUCAUAUCCGAACUGUACAACCAGCUCAAGUUUCCGGUUAAGCCCUCCGAUUUAAAGAAGCGCAUAGAGUCCCUGAUCGACCGCGACUACAUGGAGCGCGACAAGGACAACCCGAACCAGUACAACUACGUGGCGUAACAGCAGUCCAGCGACGUCGCUUUAACGAAAAUAUUAUUUAUUUAAAACGGUUAUUGUGUCUGCGGGCACCUCCCUCCCAACCCCCCCAUGCACGCCACCCGCAGCGCGCACUCGCCGCGAGUGGUUAGCCAGGCCAUACACAGCUCCAGUCAACAACUUCACUAAUCUUUAGGAAAUAAUAUAUAUGUAUGUACAUAUUAUAUAAAUAAAUAUAAAAAUAACGUAUUUUACGCACGACGGAAUAACUAUAAUUCGUUUUCUCCUAAAGUCACAAACCGUACCGUUGUUUGUCCUGUGUGCCCCGCUUCUGACGAUCCCGUUAUGGCCUUUAGUCACUUUAGUCAUUGUGGUUGAAACUUUGAAGUGCAGAAGUUGUUCGCUGCGAGCUGUAAUAAAUUCCCCCUAUCGUUUGUGAAUAAUUUGAUACUUCUGUCCGCUGAACGCAUAUAACGGUUGAAACAGUUUCGAGUCGUGUCGUCCGUAACUGCUACUUCCAACGUCUUAAGUUUUUCAGCAAACCCCGAAAAAGUGGUGAAAAGUGUGCAGCAAAAAUGUUAAAAAUACAUUAAUAAUAAAACUUUUUUUUACCUA